AUGCUGACCACAGUAGCCGUCAGCUUCGUAACCACUCGGCGACAUAACCGGCCUCGUAUCGUUGGACUUUUCGCUCUAUUGAUGAGCCUAGGUUUCGCACUUUUCUCCUUGCCUCACUUCCUUGCCGGGCCCUACAGACUACCUGCUGCUUCGUCAAACAGCUUUGACUUUGUGCCGAACAACGGAUUAAGCAGUUCAACUGAAUCGGACUCUGUUGGUGUCUGCUCUGCUCCAAGACCAACAGAUACUUCUAAAUCUUCUGCAUCUUAUACUCCCUUAUUUUUACCAUCCACUCCAUCAUCAUCAUCAUCCGAACAUUCGAACAGAUUAACUACAUUGUUUUACGAGUCUGCGACUAAUAAAGACCUGCCUGGUGAAGCUGAAGGCCAAUCUGCCUCGUUUCCCGUCUUUUGUGUUGCCCUCCUUUUGGCUGGAAUCGGAGCUUCUCCCCUCUAUGUCCUCGGGCCAACCUAUCUUUGGGACAACCUUACUGAUAAACAAUAUCCCAUCUACUCAGCCUUCUUUUAUAGUGCUGCUGCGCUUGGUCCUGCCUGUGGCUUCUUAAUAGGCGCCGGCUUCCUCAGCCUGUACGUAGAUGCGCCUACUCAGGGCACUAUUCUUGCUUCUGUGCUUGCUCGUAUAGCUUCCCUUGCCAGCUCGGCAUUUCACACUCUAACUUCCAGCGUCUCCGGUGCGUCAUCUGAUGAAAGCCUAUCUACUAACCAGGUAAGUCGAGGGGGAUUUGUGUCAUUUGCCAUCAAACUGAAUUAUUAUAUUAAAUUUUCACGUGUUAGCAAUUUUAUUUGGCAAGCACAGCUUUGA